UGGACAGUCUUUUUCGAAUUUUGAUUUAUUUCUUAAUCAAUUUUUUUUUCUUUUUUUUCUUUUUUGAUUAGGGAACUGUUCAAUUUGGGAUCUGUCCGAUCCUUCCCACCUGUCUGCUGCCUACCUGUUCUUUCCCCUCCAGUCCGAAUACUGGGCCAGUCUAUCUGAUUGGCCCAUAGGUGACUCUUCAGAGCAGUGCAUGCCACGACUCACUCGAUCACAGACCAAGACCAUGGACCGGAAGGAGGGAGAAUCCCUCCUGGCCUAUGAGGAACGCCUGGCUGCUUUCAUCCAGGAGGCCAAUGACAGGGCUGCCGCCGCGGCCAAGGAACGUGGUCGGAUUGAGCAAGAAGAGGAGGCCAAGCGACAGAAGGAAGAACAGGACCGACUUCGUCAAGAGGAGGCAGACCUGCAGGCGACAGCCGAACACCGGUCAUGCCAGCGGGAACGACUGUUCACGCAGGAGACCGUGAUCGGCGAUGAGACCGCACAUUGGGUGCAAGUGGCAUCUGCAGACGAGGCCCCGGAGACUGAGAAAGGGCUGUCAGCCCUUGCGCAGGUCUCCCACGACCCCGUGGCCACCUGCGUUCUGCAGCAGGAGGAAAUCCUUCACCUGCAGCAGACAGUGGACCAGAUGCUCGCACGGCUGCAGGCGUUGGAAAAACAGCCAGCUGUUGUAGCAGCCGCAGGGCCUUCAAACCUUGCCACCCGUGUUCAAGUUUUGGAGGACGACGUUAGCAAUAUCAAGCGUGUGCAUCAGGACUUCAGGACGUCGCAGCAAGCAACGAACUUGCAGUUGGAGACGCAGGUCCAGGCUGCUGCCACCGUGACGCCCGCCGCCGCAUCCUCCAGGCGCCCACCCAAGCUAGAUGACAUUCCAGUUUUCUGCGAUCAGUCCAAGACGGGACCGAUCCUGUGGUGGCGCCAGUUUACUCUCAGGCUUGACAUGCACCAUGUCCCGAACAACGAUCGACAUCCGUGCUUCUACCACCGAUUUGGUGGUGUGUGUCAAGCAUGGCUGGACAACAUCCUGACCAGCCACGGCGUUGCAGUGUCGGAACUGCACACCAAGCUCACUUGGCAGGAGUUGACUGACGCCUGGCACAAGCGAUUCCAAGUGGAGCCGCCCGACCUGCAAGCGAUGGACAAGCUCAACAAGCUCCAUCAGAACACGCUGCUCAGUCAGGACUGGAUUACCGAGUUCCAAGGACUCGCCUCCACACCUGACCUGCCACUCGCAUUCCGCGCCAUCAAGCACUUGUUUAUCAUGCGCUUGUGUCCAGCUCUGAAAAACGCGCUGACGCAGAUUGCAGAGACACUCGACACAUCUGACAAGCUUUUCAGCAAAGCGUCACGGAUCAUUCUCACGAAUAUCGAAGCCCGCAACGUCGGGCGAUCUUCCGCGACGACGAGCGGCACCCAGCCCAAGCCAAAGGUGGCUUGCAUUACUUCUACCGAGGCUGCAACACCAAACGAGGGUGAAGUGUUGGCAGCUGCCCGGGAUGGUGGCCGGCCGCGCAACAACCACGGCCGCGACAAGACGAAGACUCAGUCCACCUCUACACCGAGCACCGGAUCAGCCGCCGACGAACCUUGGGCGCAAUACGGACUCUCGGCCAAUUCCUAUCGCACGCGACUCAAGUACCGUUAUUGCCUUUGGUGCAACAGCACCAUCCACGAUGCUGCACAUUGCCCCACCAAGGGGAAACCCCGUCCGGGAACGAAGUCACAUCCGAUCACGGUCGCUCUUGCCGAUGGUGAGACGAAACAGCUUUUAGACCGUUACAUCUCGGCUGUACCGGUGUACUUUGCACCGCACGCAUGUGAACCCRUCACUUUUGACGUGUUGGACACCGACUUCGAUGUCAUUUUGGGGAUGCCUUGUUUUUCUAGUGCGGACCACACGGUCAAUUUCCAUCGACGCACGCUCACGAUUCGUGAUGCAACUGGCGCCGAGGUCCCGUGUACUAUUCCUCCUCCUCGCUCUUCCAUUCGGUGCCAAGUCGUGAGUGCCAAAUCUUUUCAAGACACAUGCCGUUCCAAGCAUGUCGAAGAGAUUGGGAUCGCUUUUCUUCGAACCGUCCCGACAACCGAUUCAUCGUCCACAGAUGUGUCUUCCGACCCCCGUGUGACCCGGUUGUUAGACGAGUUCUCGGAUGUUUUUGAGACACCCUCCGGUAUAGUGCCGGACCGGCCAAUCUCUCAUGAGAUCAUACUUGAGGCCGGUGUCGUGCCACCGAAGGGAUGCAUUUAUCGCAUGUCCGAGGAGGAGCUCACGGUUCUCCGUGCGCAACUCGACGAUCUACUUGACAAGGGUUGGAUCCUCCCUAGCAGCUCACCUUGCGGUGCGCCCGUUCUCUUCGUUCGGAAGAAGAACAAGGACCUUCAACUCUGCAUUGACUACCGACGCCUCAACGCGCAAACCAUCAAGAACGCGGGGCCUCUACCUCGCAUUGACGAUUUGCUUGAGCGGUUGGGCGGCGCCAAGUACUUUUCGAAGUUGGACCUCAAGUUGGGCUACCAUCAGAUUUCCAUCCGCCCGCAAGAUCGGUACAAAACCGCGUUUAAGACGCGAUAUGGGCAUUUUGAGUGGGUAGUUAUGCCUUUUGGCCUCACCAAUGCCCCGRCCACCUUUCAGGCGGCCAUGACCACCGAGUUUCGCGCUAUGUUGGACCGCUUCGUCUUGGUCUACUUAGACGGCAUCCUCGUCUAUAGCCGACCUCUAGAGGAGCAUCUCGAGCACCUUCGUCGUGUUCUAGGGACUCUUCGGUCAGCCCGGUACAAAGCUAACCACGACAAAUGCGAGUUUGUCCGGCAAGAGCUUGAAUACUUGGGUCAUUUUGUCUCUCCGGAAGGCAUUCGUCCGUUGGCGGACAAGAUUCAAGCCAUCCAGGAGUGGCCCGAGCCAAAGAAUGUGACGGGCGCCCGAUCCUUCCUCGGCUUGGCCGGUUAUUAUCAGUGUUUCAUCAAGAAUUACUCGAAGAUCGCGGCCAACCUAAGCAAGUUACAAAGCGAGGAGCGGCCUUUUGACUUCGACGACGAUGCGCGCCAUUCUUUUGAAACACUCAAAGCGGCACUCUUAUCCGCCGAGCUGUUACAUAUUUACGACCCGCUUCUAGCUACGAGCGUCACUACCGAUGCGUCGGGCUAUGGCAUUGGGGCCGUCCUUGAGCAGCACGAUGGCGCGGACUGGCGCACCCGGUCGAGUACUUUAGCAAGAAAGUACCUCCCGUGCAUUCGAUCGACGACGCACGGAAGAAGGAGCUUCUUGCCUUCGUCCACGCCCUCAAGCGUUGGCGACAUUUCCUCCUUGGUCGGAAAGCAUUCCGAUGGGUAACGGAUAACAAUCCGUUGGUAUUCUACAAAUCGCAAGACACG